AGAAAUUUCCUGUGUGUGUGCGUGUGUGCAUGUGUGUGUUUAGUUUGUGAAGAGGGUGUGUGCUUGAAAAAGUGAAAAGGAGUUGAAGAAACCUCUGAGGAACUUUACACCCAAGAGCUAGGCUGCUAACGGGAGUCUCAGGACACAAAGGAAACCAGACAUUCACAGAGAUAAAAAGGCACACGUUUGCACACACGGAAAAAAAAAACAUGUCUGAAUCUGCAGAGGCCGUGGCAGCCAACGUAGGCACCCGUCGGAAUGCGACCAUUGAGAUAUCCAACAUCACCAAUAACUACUGCUUGCUCAACCCCAGGGUCUUCCUGGAGAAUGGGGAGACGUUUAACCCCCCUCAACCCACCGUGCGCCCCCUGAAGACCGAGGUGUGCACCUUCAGCAAAACCAGCGCUAAAGCGAAGGGCAGUGUGGGGGUCAUGACCUAUGACCUCUUCGAGAGGAGCCGCAACGACCACAUCGAAACUCUGGCCAUCAUGUGGUCUGUGCCCUGGGACUACAACCUCUACAAGAACUGGUUCGCCGUGGGGAUCUACCCCAAGAGCCGAGCCUGUGACGAGUCCCUGUACAAGGAGAUGUACUACGAGAAGAACCAGCAGGGCUUUGUGAGGGAGGAGGCCAACGGCUCGGGCAUUAAUUAUGUGGGAAGCUACCUGGACAUCAAGGCCACCAUGUCCCCCUUGGGUAAAGCCAUCAUGAAGGUGGAGGUGUGGGACAAGCUGUUCACCCCUGCCGGCCAGCAAGCGUACUGAUGAAGAAGUAAUGGCUGCUAGAGAGACAAAGCGUUAUGCCACAUUUGCUCACUGUUGUCACAUGGUCAAGGAAAUUAAACAAUAAACAACGAUAUGUGUGCUGUGUGUUGCUACAUCAUCGCCUCCACUCACUGAGCAGGUCCCAGCUCAACAAAGUUAAGUCUGAAACUUUUAGGAAUUCGUUAUGCAUCCAUGACCAAAACUAAUCUAGCAUUAGAGCAUUCAUCCCUCUCUUCAUAGCAUUUUAGUCUUUUAUACAUAGGAUAUUUCAAACAGCAUCUGUUAUUAAACCUACUUUAGAUAAUCUUUAUAGUCUGUUUAUGAAUUCAACUGCUAAUAUUCAGCCUUUCAUCUCACAGUCUAGCAGGUGUACUGUUUCCAUUCACUGGAAGCAUCUUUAUAUGGGAAUGCAUUUUUUUUUCUUGAAUGGAUCAAAGGCUGGCUAAGCUCAGGAAAGCUCCUGAGCCAAACCCACUGUCUGCUCUGACUCAUACUGUGUGGGCAUUGUGAAAUAAAUAUGGAUUCAAUAGAA